GGCCGAGCCCUCAGGCCCCACCCGCAGAAGCCCUGCUCGGGGCGCCACCCGAGCCCCCCAGGGCCCGGGCCUGUGGGGGGAUCCUUCACGUGACUCGGUGAUGCAGAACGGUUGUGACCUUCAAUGUGUGUCUGUAAACGCGAGGGUCCCAGCAACUGUGCGGGUUUGCGCCCGGCCCUGCCCGGGGUGCGGGGACGUGUGGGUGUGUGAGCAUAUGUGGGCGUGUUGGGGAGGGUGCCCAGAGACAUGUGACAAAGACCCGUCUCCGGGAGAUGGUGAAGGGGCCUGCGAGCUGGCGCUUUGUCUGGUUGUCUGCAGAGCCGCGGCGCCCGCCUGAGCAGCGCAGGAUGCUUGGGCGCCAGGGUGGCCCGGGGCGCGCGCGCCCGUGCCAGGGUGAGUGUGCUGCGGCAGCGCCGUGGGGCAGCGCGACGGGCCUGGCCGGGCCUCGGGCGUGACUGAGUGCCACCCGUGGGCGCUGCAGUGGCAGCGUGUCCCCGUGACCUCGGGAGCCGGGCUGGGGCCCGGGUGGAUCCCCGCGCCCCUCCCGGUCCGCCCUCCACGUGCGUGUCCGCGGCGCGCGUGUCCGCCCGCGCGCACCCGCCUGCCUGCCUGCCUGUCGCCGCCGCCGCCGCCACCACCACCGCGAACGGCGCGGAGAAAAGGUGCCGGGAGCCGAGAGAGCCGGGGCCGAGGGCCCGAGCGCCAUGGGCCGGAGGGCGCGCGGCUGGCGGGCUGGGCCUCCCCCCCGCGAGAGAGCGGCCUGGAGUCGGCCGAGGCCGGCUGGGCCCGCGGGGAGGCCGGCCCGCGCCCCCUGAACGAUGGACACCAGGGAGCUCACCAUGGCCCCGCCACUCCUGUUGCUGCUGCUGGCCAGUGGAGCCGCCGCCUGCCCGCUGCCCUGCGUGUGCCAGAACCUGUCGGAGUCGCUCAGCACCCUCUGUGCCCACCGAGGCCUGCUGUUUGUGCCACCCAACGUGGACCGGCGCACGGUGGAACUGCGCCUGGCUGACAACUUCAUCCAGGCCCUGGGACCGCCUGACUUCCGCAACAUGACAGGGCUGGUGGACCUGACGCUGUCCCGAAAUGCCAUCACCCGCAUCGGGGCCCGCGCCUUCGGGGACCUGGAGAGCCUGCGCUCUUUGCAUCUGGAUGGCAACAGGCUGGUGGAGCUGGGCAGCGGCAGCCUCCGGGGGCCUGUCAACCUGCAGCACCUCAUCCUCAGUGGCAACCAGCUGGGCCGCAUCGCGCCAGGGGCCUUCGAUGACUUCCUCGACAGCCUCGAGGACCUGGAUGUGUCCUAUAACAACCUCCGGCAGGUCCCCUGGGCUGGCAUCGGGGCCAUGCCUGCCCUGCACACCCUUAACCUGGACCAUAACCUCAUCGACGCACUGCCCCCAGGUGUCUUUGCCCAGCUUAGCCAGCUCUCCCGCCUUGACCUCACCUCCAACCGCCUGGCCACGCUGGCACCUGACCCGCUCUUCUCCCGAGGUCGGGAUGCGGAGGCCUCCCCGUCCCCCCUGGUGCUGAGCUUCAGCGGGAACCCACUGCACUGUAACUGUGAGCUGCUCUGGCUGAGGCGGCUGGCCCGGCCUGAUGACCUGGAAACCUGUGCUUCGCCACCACCCUUGGCGGGCCGCUACUUCUGGGCAGUGCCUGAGGGAGAGUUCUCCUGCGAGCCUCCACUGAUUGCCCGUCACACACAGCGCCUGUGGGUGCUGGAGGGCCAGCGGGCUACUCUGAGGUGCAGGGCCCUCGGUGACCCUGUGCCCACCAUGCACUGGGUUGGCCCUGACGACCGGCUGGUUGGCAACUCUUCACGAGCCUGGGCUUUCCCCAACGGCACUCUAGAGAUUGGGGUGACAGGCGCUGGAGAUGCAGGAGCCUAUACCUGCAUCGCCACCAACCCCGCUGGCGAGGCCACAGCCCGGGUGGAGCUGCGGGUGUUGGCCUUGCCCCAUGGUGGAAACACCAGUGCUGAGGGGGGCCGUCCUGGGCCCUCAGACAUUGCUGCUUCUGCUAGAACUGCUGCCGAAGGCGAGGGGACUUUAGAGUCUGAGCCAGUGGUGCAAGUGACGGAGGUGACUGCCACCUCUGGCCUGGUGAGCUGGGGCCCGGGGCGGCCAUCUGACCCCGUGUGGAUGUUCCAAAUCCAGUACAACAGCAGCGAGGACGAGACCCUCAUCUACCGGAUCGUACCAGCCUCCAGUCACCACUUCCUACUGAAGCAUCUGGUUCCUGGUGCCGACUACGACCUCUGCCUGCUGGCCCUGUCACCUGCUGCCGGGCCUUCCGACCUCACGGCCACCAGACUGCUGGGCUGUGCCCACUUCUCCACGCUACCAGCCACACCCCUGUGCCAUGCCCUACAGGCCCAUGUGCUGGGCGGGACCCUGACUGUGGCAGUAGGUGGGGUCCUAGUGGCCGCCUUACUGGUCUUCACUGUGGCCUUGCUGGUUCGGGGCCGGGGAGCUGGGAAUGGCCGCCUGCCACUCAAACUUAGCCAUGUCCAAUCCCAGACCAAUGGUGGCACCAGCCCCAUGCCCAAGAGCCACCCACCACGGAGCCCUCCACCCCGUCCCCAGCGCAGCUGUUCCCUGGACCUGGGAGACACUGGUGGGUGCUACGGGUAUGCCAGGCGCCUGGGAGGGGCCUGGGCCCGGCGGAGUCACUCUGUACAUGGGGGGCUGCUGGGAGCUGGGUGCCGGGGCCUGGGGGGCAGUACAGAGCGGCUGGAGGAGAGUGUGGUGUGACAGGAGGCCAGCCUCUUCGUGCCCUGAGGAAGGCAGUGCCACUGCGGGGCCCAGGUGGCAGCACCCAGCCUGGGUGGGCAGCACGGCCCUGGGCCCCGCUCUGCUUUUUCUCCUCAGUACCUCAGGCUCCCCAGGUACUUGGUGGGACAGCAAGCCCUUUCCUUGGUUUUGGCCUCCAGACUAAAGGGACAGGUCCCACCAACAGGUGCUCAGAGCCACCAAGGCAGGGGCUGCAGCCACCAAGAGGGAGUCUUGUUUCUAUUUAUAAUAAAAUUGUUGGGGACACUUCA